AUGCCGCCGCAACGCGCCAAGAAACAGCCUGCCUCGCGUUCAAACACGUCGAUAGAUUCCGAUGUUGUCGCUAGCUUUCCGGCGCCGCCUGCAAACACGACACCAGCGGCAGCUGAGCCUUCCGCCACGACUCCAGACAGGACCUCGCCGUCGAAGAGAACAGUAAACAUCACCGAGCAGCAGAAACAAGUGCUGAUGGACAACUUGCAACUCGAGAUCACCGAGAGAGCUCGCAAGCUGCGGUCACAGUAUGGGCUUCUCGCUCAAGGUCUGCGGUCGCGUCUUGAGAUGCGCGUGAAUCGCAUUCCUACUGCGUUGAGAAAGACCAACAUCCUAGACCUGAUCGAGAAGUACUCAGAGCAACCCGGCGCUGAGCCGCCUACAUCAACUAUUGCAAGGCCAAUGUUGAAGCCAUCCGAGUCUGCUGAGCAACUGAGCCCUGUGCCUAGGCGUGGAAUCAAACGUACCAGCGAGGAGAGGGAUCAAGAGAACGCCGACCAAGAUCAUGAGCAAGAGCCGGAGCUUGUCAUGCCCAAGAAGCGGACUAAGACGACCGGCAACCAGAAGAAAGGACCUCCAGCGGCCAACUCCCGUGCGCGCACUGUCUCGCGCCAGGACCAGCCGCUUCAGGUUCUCUCUCCUAAAUCUAACAAUUCUCGUACCUACCCACUGUCGCCCCUGAAGGUGGCACAGGACGAGAAAAUAGCUACCAGGGCCAUCCAGCAGAUGUCACCACUGAAGAGUAACAUCUUCAACCCCAGCGAAAAUCCAGCCAGCAAAGGCAAGGCCACUGCUGGCACUGGACGUGGCAAGAAGGCGGCUGCUACCCACGAGAAGAGGACUACCAGGGCCAGUCUUGCUAGCAGUACUGGAUCGGCAACCGAUGGUACUACUGGAACUACGAUUGUUAAGAAGGCACCCGCCACUAAGAAGACGACAGCACGAAGCACUGGAACGACCAAGUCAGCCGGUUCCAAAUCUACAGCCGCUGCGAAGAAAGGCAAAGAGAACGCGCCGGCUGCGGCUGCUGGCCGUACUUUGAGAACACGGGCAAAGUAA